AUGGAGUUUGAAGACGGAAUUUGUAUGAAGGAUAUGUUCUACGAGACGGAAACAAUGAUCUCUCUAACAGCGAAGUUUCACCUAUUCCCAGAUACAUUUCAAAAUGCUACUUUUAUGAUUAUCAACGAAGAUGUUACGAACGAGCCAUUCAGAAUUCCGGCGGAAUCAAACAAACUCGUGGAACAUAGUGAACGUGAAAAGUAUCUGAAGAUUACAUCGAUCAAGUUGACCCUGCGUCCUGGAGUAUAUAACGUGUUUUGUGUGAUCAGUGACAUGUACAGAGGACUUGGUGCAAGACUCAUCGUUCGUCCCAAAAUUGAAAUCUAUACUGCGUUCAACCGAUGCUUCGCACUCCAAUGGAAUAGGAUGUUGAUUCGAAAUGUUCCACUCAACGCUCGUCUGGAAGUGACUGUCAGUGAGACACAUGCAAGACGUCUUGGAGAAAUUGAUGGAUACAUUGUAUAUGACAUAUUCCCGGAGACCGCCGGUGGAAAAAUGGUUACACUUCGAAUUGACGGAAGAUUCCUCUCUUCAAACCCGCACAACGUUCUUGUGGACGACUACGACCCGCUUCAAGUACACAACGAAUGGGUUCUUGCACCUUGGCAGUCUGCUGAUUUGGAUUCAGACUAG